AAAGUAUGAUUUAAAGUUCUGGCAUUGCAUAGUAGUGGUACAGAGUUGAGUUGAAGAGAAACCAUGUAGAUAGCGUUAAGAUUAGUUAUGCGGAACAUCUCCGCAAUGAGUUCAUCCGAUUUAUCCAAUUAAUCCACUUUCACUCUUCUCACCACCAAUCCAUGGUUAUACAAUACUACAUAACCGAUAAUGCCACCCCUAGAAGACGAAGAAGAGGACUACAUGUCCAUGAUUAUUGAAGAACCCAAGCAAAAAGAAACCUUUACCCAGAAGAAGCGCCGACAACAACGCGAGGCCGAAGCACGCGCUAAAGUUCCUUCCAAAGCUGAACGCGCAGCCGAAGAAGCCGCCCGCCGCGAUGCCGCCCUUAUGACCAACACCCUCGACCCAUCGAACAAGGGAUUCCAGAUGAUGGCCAAGCUUGGCUUCAAGCCUGGUCAAGCAUUGGGAAAACAGGCACCACCGCCAUCAGAGAAACCGCAUGGCCAGGAUGCUGCCGCGAAUGCGCACGACGACAAGCGAACUGAGCCGUUGAAUUUGGUGUUUAAGGAAGAUCGUGGGGGCAUCGGGUUGGAUAAUGAGAAGAAGCGAAAGAUUAAAGAAGAGGCGGAGGAGGCUUUUAAGAAAGUUAAGCAUGAGGAGGGGGAUUAUCGGGAUCGGGUGCGAUUGGAGCGCGAGACAAGACGGGCUGAGGCGCAACUCCAUGCGGCGCAGAAGGUUGCAGAGAGGUUAGAUACUGAGGCAGAGGAAGGGAAUAAUGAUGAAAAGAAUGGCGCCGACGAUGGCAAAAACAAAGGCGACAGCCAAGAAAAGGAAAAGAGGUCCAAGAAGAACGUCAAACCAACGUCCCAAAUCAACGUCCUUUACCGCGGCCUCGUCCGCGAACGCGAAGAAAAAGAGCGCUCCGUCCACCUCCGCCACGCCCUCCAAACCUCCCUUCCAUCAUCCUUCUUUCCCAACCCUGAAUUACCCGGCUACGACGAUCCAACUCUCGAGCGCGAAGACCGCGAGGCAAUUGAUCCGCAAGCGCGCGGGGAGGGAUAUGCGAGCAGCCUUCUUGAGCAGGAAGUGGAUGAGGAGGAUCCGGAACUAGAUGAAUUCAACGCGCUCGAACCGCAGGAACGGCUGCAUAAGUUGGUUUUGCAUCUGCGGGAGAAGCAUUGGUAUUGCUUUUGGUGUAAAUGUCGCUAUGAGGAUGAGACGAUGGAAGGAUGUCCAGGGUUGACAGAAGAGGAUCACGAUUGACGCAUAUUACUCUCCACCUGUACUAUUAAUACUGAUAGAUCGAGAUAUCAAGCAUGACAUUAAAAAAACAUAUCAAAACAUAAAUACACACACCACGACAACAUG